UCUGGCUGAGUGCAUGAUAAGACCCUGGCAGCCACCUUCUCUCUGCUCCUCAACCACAAAAACAUCUUCAGAAAUGGAUGGAGCCUGGGUCUACCUGGUGACAGGAGGAUGUGGGUUUGUGGGCGAGAGGAUCGUAGAGCUCCUGUCUCAACAAGACUACAUCAAAGAAGUCAGAGUUUUUGAUUCAGUAGCAAGAGAAGAAGUAGAAAAACUCAGCACAGCUACCACUUGUGUGACAGUGAUGAGAGGAGACAUCUGCGACUCCAGCGUGCUCCUCGCUGCCAUGCAGGGCGUGCAUGUGGUCAUUCACACAGCUGCUGUGGUGGACUACAGGAACACGGUGCCCUUCCGGGAGAUGAGAGCUGUCAACGUCGGGGGUACUGAAAAUGUGUUAAGGGCCUGCUGUGUCCUGAGCAUCCCAUACCUGCUCUACACAAGCUCCAUCGCUGCCGUGGGACCCAACACCGCCUGUGAGCCCAUGCUCAGAGGAAAUGAGGACACUGAGUACAGCGGGGAAGUGGAGCUGCCCUAUGGGAAGACAAAAGCCAUGGCUGAAAAAAUUGUGCUUGAAGCCAACGGGAAAAAGCUGAGCAAUGGUGGUAAACUCAGAACCUGCAUCAUCCGUCCCAAUGCUGUCUAUGGGGAGAAGGCAGAGUUCCUCCAGGAGCUGUAUUUGCUUGCCAAAGCCAGCAAUAGUGUUAUGAAUUACCUGGAGCCUGAAAACACGGAGCGUAAUCUCACCUACGUGGGUAAUGUGGCAUGGAUGCAUGUCCUUGCAGCAAGGAACCUGCAGCUGAAGCCAGACUUGCUGGCAGGACAGGUGUAUUAUUCCUAUGACGACACUCCAGCCGGGAAGGUUUUCCUGGUCAGGCACGAGCUGCUGUCCAGUGCAGACCCCUCAGUGAGACUGGGCUCACACAUCCCCUACUGGAAGAUGUGGUUGAUGAUACAACUGCACAGGAUCAUCAGGGUCAUCCUGUCCCCUUUCUGGAGGCCACAGCCUUUCCUCGACCUGCCUGCGCUGAACACCAUAAUCACCACCUUCUCCUAUGAGACAGACAAGGCCUCCAGGCAUUUCGGGUACAAACCCCUCUUCACGUGGCCGGAGAGCAGGCUCAGGACUGCACAGUGGCUGAAAGCAGCUGCAGGGAGCCUGGGACCCCCACAGAUACAUGAAAAGAAGAACUAAAGAGCACUUUUGGGGGAAGGAGGUUCCUUAUCACACCAGCUCAUCUGAGCUUCACAACCGUUAUGUAUGAAAUCCACCAAAUUUGCCUUUGCAUGUUAAGUGCCCUGAUUUUGCAUGGUAAGAUGUUAAACGUCCUAGUUUUGUAUUUUGCAUAUUAAGUGUUUCAAUUGCCAAAUUAGCCUUUACAUACUUAAAAUGCCCAUCAAACUAGUUAAAGAUAUAAAGUUAAUUCUCAGAACCAUUUAAUCACACAGUUCCUAGUUAAAAAUCCCUGUUGAUAAAAUAUUCCCAAAUUUAAUCCCUUCCUUAAGCCUUAAACUUCCAAAUGUCUUGUUUCCUGCACAUACCCAAGUUAUCCAAGUUAAUCAGUAUGUUUUAAAAAGAUUCUUAAGGUGUUUAUGGUUCAGUUUUAUAAGUUCCUUAAAAUGACUGUUGAUUGUUCUGUUUUAAAAGUUCCUUGAAGUGUUUGUAGUGUAGUCAAUGAGGGCAUUUUCCCGCCUUUCAAGCACCCUGGACAAGAAGUUAUCCAUUGGCUGGAUCCAAUGGCUUCACUUCGAGGUUCCCCCAACCGCACCAGACCGUGGGGGCCGGAUUGUGGGCAGCCCUGGGCGGAGCAUGGGCAUUAUAAAACCCAGAGCACAGCUCUGGAGUCGCUUUUGCCUCGGGUUAGCUAUGGGGGAAGCUGGAUGCUGGUGACUCAGGCCUCUAUCUCCCAGAGAGACCAUUUUUAAUUAUCUAACUUUGGACUAGCCAAAGUUAGCCCAGCGUUGCAGGCUUCCUGUACUGGGGCCUUGUGCCAGUUAAAGAUCUCUACUCGCUGCAGACCUGGGUUUUAGGAUUUUUACUUGUGGAUUUUCCUGGACUGGAUUAUUUUAACUUUAAUUAAUUUUUAAAAUUAUUCUUGUAAUAAAACAGAUGUUAAUUUUCAACUAA